AUGGGUGGUAGUAAAGCAUUAGCAUUAGCAAUCUUACUAAUAAGCUUGUUGGCUCCUGCUGAGCCAGAAAGGAUAUUGGGAGAAGAUAUUCCAGAUGAUUUUAGUCGUAGUUAUUUCCCACCUGGCUUCACUUUUGGCACAGCCACCUCCGCUUACCAGAUUGAAGGUGCAGCAAACAAGUUCGGCAGAGGACCUAGUACUUGGGAUGAAUUUACCCGCGACUUUCCAGAGAGAAUAGUCGAUGCGAGCAAUGGUGAUGUGGCAGUUGAUUUUUACAAUCGCUAUAGAGAAGAUAUCGCAAGAAUAAAAGAAAUGGGCUUAGAUGCGUUCAGAUUCUCCAUUUCAUGGUCAAGAGUAAUACCUAGUGGAAGGAUUCGUGAUGGAGUGAAUGAGCAAGGAAUCGAAUUCUACAAUAAUGUUAUCAAUGAAACUAUUGCAAACGGCCUAACGCCUUUUGUAACUCUUUUCCACUGGGAUCUUCCUCAAGGCCUACAAGAUAAAUAUGGUGGCUUUUUAAACCGCUCUAUCGUCGAUGAUUUCCAAGAUUAUGCAGAGCUUUGCUUUAAAAGAUUUGGAGACAGAGUGAAGUAUUGGAUCACUUUAAAUGAACCGUGGUCUUACAUCUCAUUUGCCUAUGAUCAUGGCACUCAUGCACCUGGCCGAUGCUCGGCAUGGUUGAAUUCUGCCUGUCGAUCAGGAAACUCCGCCACUGAACCUUACAUAGUUGCCCAUCAUUUGCUCCUUUCUCAUGCAGCAACUUAUCACCUCUAUAGGAAAAAAUACAAUAGAACUCAAAAUGGGAAGAUCGGAUUAGCCCAGGUUACUUUUUGGUAUGAACCUUACUCGGAUAGCAUAGCUGAUAAGGAAGCAGCUGAAACAGCUCUUGAUUUCAGUUAUGGAUUGUUUUUCAAUCCUAUAACCUAUGGUCACUACCCAAGGAGGGUGCAAGACAUAGUUCGAGAUAGGUUGCUCAAAUUGACAUUAAAGGAAUCUCAGUUACUCAAAAAAUCAUAUGAUUUUCUCGGAGUACAAUAUUACACUGCAAAUUAUGCUAAAGCAAAUGCUAUAGUUCAUACAGAUCGUAUUAGAUACAGAACUGAUCAUCAAGUUAUUGAAACUGCUAAGGGUGAAGAUGGUGAACAUAUUGGUCCACCGGCUCAUUCACCUUGGUUUUACAUUUACCCUAAAGGUAUCCGAUACCUAUUGAACUAUACCAAAGAAAAAUACAAUGAUCCAAUCAUUUAUAUCACGGAAAAUGGGGUUGAUGAGCACAAUAACGAAACUCAAAGCCCGGAGGAAGCAGUUCAGGAUCCAUGGAGGACCCAAUUUUAUCAAACUCAUCUUUGGAAUGUGCUUGGAUCCAUCAGGGACUAUAAUGUCAAUGUGAAAGGUUACUUUGCAUGGUCAUAUUUGGACAACUAUGAAUGGGAUAUUGGAUACACAUCAAGGUUUGGUCUGUUCUAUGUAGACUAUAAAAAUAACUUGGCAAGACACCCAAAGCAAUCCGCAGAAUGGUUCCAGAAAUUCUUGAAAAAUGAAUUAUCUAUUGAUAACAUACCAGCAAGGCAAUGUCACAGCGAGUUCACAGAAGCUGCUCAACAAAACUCCUUCAAUGGAUGCCAAUAAGGACCUUUAUAAUUAGUUUCUCUUCUAUAUAAUCACCGGACUUCUCCUUCAAUAAUGAUCUAGUGACAUUGCAGUAAAAUUUGCAGUGAUCAUCAUCCUCUGUGUUAAACUAUUG